AUGCUCGCGUCUCCAAUCCUGAACGUAUCACCUCGCAUCAUUCCGCAGUCCUGCGCAAAGGUUUCGCCCCUCUCAUCACAGAAGGAGGCUGGUAAGAUGCUUGCCAGGAUGUUGAGUUAUUAUUCUCAGAAAAAAGAUACCGUUGUUCUCUGCAUAAAGCCCUCGGCGAUGCCUUUGGCCUCCGAAGUAGCAAAAGGAUUGAGACUUCCCUUAGACCUAUUCCUAAUAAGAUCACUGAAAAUCGAUGGUCUGACUGUUGGUGCCAUCACGGACAGGGCUGAUGAACCGUUUGGAUGCGAUUUUGGCCAGAAGCAACUUGAUGAAAUUGUCAGACAAGAGCGAAUUCAUCUUGAAACUCUAAAAUCCCAGUGUUGCCCACCAAACUAUCCAUUACCAAAUUCUGAGAAUGCCACCGUGUUAUUGGCCACCGAUGGUGUCCAGAGCGGCCAGAACGCCCGAGCAGCCAUUACACUACUGAAAACGAUUGGCUAUCGUGGAAGGAUUGUGUUAAUUGCCGGUGUUAUUGGUUCUGAUUCUCAGAAAAUGUUUAUGAGGGAAAUCGACGAAGUGGUAGCCAUAAGAAGUCCACAAGUUGUCGGCUCAGUUG